CAAGCUGCAUAUACAUUGUGACGAAAAGAGUCGUAUUUAGCCUUUUCGUGCAGCUGUUAUUGUUUGGGAAAACGGAAUUACAAAUAUCAUGAUCCUUUUUUAACAACAGCUCAGCUUUUUUUUCUCUCCUAACCCUCUUUUCUUCCUUUACACACACAGACACACACACAAAGACACACACGAAUGGCGCAUUCAACAGAAGAUCAAUUCAACGUACAAUGGGACGUACUGCAAGCUUCAGAUAAUGCUUUGCUUGACCCUUUAAAUGAUGUCAGUCAUGAACCAGCUGUCUUGAACUCACAUAAUUAUUUUGCCGAAUCCUUUCAUGAAGACAUUGAUAUAUCUGAUAAAGUCUCAGGUUUUAGUAACGAUGCCAGUCAACACGAGAGUAUGACGAGUAGUACCAGUAGUCUUCAGUCCGAGAUACAAGUGGUGGUCACUGCACCCAGAAAAGAAACAGAGGGACAAGGAUCUUUUAUAUCCUAUCUGGUGGAGUCCCAAAACAGAAAGUCGCGGAGACGGUUUCAAGAUUUUGUUUGGCUUCAUAAUGUACUUUAUACACACUUUCCUGCAUGUUUUGUCCCUCCGUUGCCUGAUAAACACCGUUUAGAAUACGUAAAAGGGGAUCGCUUCAGCUCGGAUUUUAUUGAAAAGAGAAGAAUCAGUCUUGAAAGAUUUGUUCAACGGAUCGCAAGACAUCCUAUACUUGGAAAAGCAGACUUUUUCAUCAUGUUUCUCCAAUCUCCCGACUUUAAUGAUGCUUCAGCGAGAGCUUUACGUGAAGGACAAGAGACUGUGAUUGACACCAUUGGAGAUUCUUUACUCAAUGCGUUCUCAAAGAUACGCAAACCCGAUCAAAAGUUUAUUGAUAUGAAGGAACACAACCAUUUGAUGCAGGAUAAUCUUGACAUGUUACAAAAGACACUCGCCAGAACACAGAAACGCUCAGAGGAUCUAUGUCAUGAUUAUGAAGAUUUUACAAAGAGUGUGCGUGGAUUAGCCGAUAUAGAGCCUUCUUACAAGUCGGAUCUAACCUCAUUUGCUCAAGGCCUUGAACGAUACACACAAAACCUCAAAGGAAUCCAUGCUCAUGACGAUGAAUGGCUGAUUGAGGUGCAGGACUACAUGGCGUAUUAUCAUGCAGUAACUGAUGUUUUGAAACUCAGAGAUCAAAAACAGCUCGAUUUUGAAGAACUCUCGGAUUAUUUACAAGCAACCACACAGGACCGAGAGAAAAUAGACAGCGGUGUGGCCAGUUACAUCACUGCAAAGUUAAAUGAAAUUAGAGGCGCUGACCCGGAUAGAAUUAAGAGAGAAAAAUCCGUCAAAUUAGAGGAGCGAACAAGAGAAUUAAAAGAGGCCAUUGAUCAAACGCUUCAAAUCUCUACUGCCUUUUCAGAUCAGGUCAAAAAAGAAGAUGCACUUUUCAACAAGAAUAAAGCUAUAGAAAUGCAUGAUGUUCUUAAAUCUUAUACCGAAGCAAAAGUCAAUUUUUAUCAAGAUAGUGCUAAUGUUUGGAAAGAUGUCGUUCAAGCACUUGAGGAUGGUAACCAGAACGACUUUUUAAAGUAAAAUACUCUAUCUUAUACCGUUUUUUUGAGUUGGGCUAAAUGGGCAGCAAUUUGUCCACCAAUCUUUGCAUUGUUUUUAACAAGCGCAAUAUCUGCAUAUAAAAAAUAAAUUGAUCAGUAUUACUGCUUUUUUUGCAUAUAAAGUUUU